CAUGUUGUUAGAGACAUCUUCCACGAGAAAGGUCUACAAUCUAAAUAACGUUUUACCUGGAAAAUAAUGUCCGUCAAGAUAUUGUAUUUAUUCAUUAUAUUAGCUGGUGUUAAUGGUGAACCAGCAGAUGAAAACUGUCAACUUCCGCCGGCGGCUGAUGGCUUUGGAAAAAUUAUGUCCUGUGCACACUACUCGAAUUGGUUUUCCUAUCAUGCAGACAUAAACGAAUGCGUGGAGUUCUCCUACGGCGGUUGUGGUGGCAACGAAAAUAGAUUUAAAACCAAAGCUCUUUGCGAAGAGGUGUGUAAAAAUAAUUCCACACAGCCUUCAAUAGUGUAAAAUAGCUUUGAUUGUUAUUUACAUAUAUUAAUAGCAAGUAUUGAUAUCAAAGUGUGUGAUUUCAGGGCAAUGGAAUACCCUUGUGGUGCUAGAAAGAUUGCCUACUUUUUGAUGAUAAAAUAAAAUGGCCCAUACCGUAAAUAAUUUCAUAACUAA